AUGGACGUUGCCAUCCAGACUGUCCGCUUUUCAGACACUGAAGACGCAAAAAUACCUACGGUGUCGACACUUCCUCUCAGACCAAAUCUGAAGAAACUUGUUUUCAAAAACCCAGAAAAAGAGUCAAAACAUUCAAUUGUUGAAGAAUCUCCGGUGUCGUUUGCGAGUUCUGUAACACCAGAUCAUGAACUUCUACAGACUGCUCGCUUCACCACUGGGGGGAGGUUAUCCUCUUCCUGGACGGAGGGUGCGCAGUGCACGGACGAGACACUCAUAACGCAAAUACCAGAAUCACUGUUUCUGAACGACCAGGCUGAUGACGACAUCGACGGCGAUAUCAUACAAAUUAACAACCGAGCUGUUAGGAGAAACAAGGCCGUGUCCUUGUCACCUGUUGUGUCCUCGGAUGAUGACGAUUACGAGACUGACCUUGAAUUUGACGAAGAGUUGUGGCUGAAUCCCGACAGGUGCUAUCAUGACACGACUGGUAAGACCGGGUACCUCAAGGCAUGUAGUGACCUGGGCAUCAACCCCAUUUCCUACUUUCUCAAACACAUACAAGACACAGAGCUCACCAUGAAGUUCCAUGGUUUGGGACUCGAAGGAACUAAAGCUCUUUCAGUUCCACUCGAGACAAACACAGUGAUUGAAAAACUAAAUCUGGAAGGCAAUGGGAUCAACCCGGCCGGUGGCGUCUUUCUUUCAAGAAUACUUAAGGAAAACCUGUAUAUAACAGAUCUGAUUUUGUCUGAAAACAACCUAGGUUCAGUUGGUGCUAUAGCAGUUUGUGAUCUCCUUAUAUCCAAUCGCAAUCUUUAUAGAGUUGAUCUUCGAGGAAAUGGAAUAGAUGAUUCUGCAGCAGAAAUGAUCUGUAAAGUGUUAAUGACUAACACCACUCUGAAGCACCUGGGUCUGGCACACAACAGACUGGAAGAAUAUGGCGUGAAGUAUUUCCGAGAUGCCAUAAUUGAAAAUGAGUCGCUCGAGACACUAGAUUUGAGCUGGAAUCAUAUCAACACAAAAGGAGCAAUAUACCUAGCAGAAGGUCUACAGGAAAAUGUGCGUAUGAAAAACUUUGGCAUGGCCAUGGCUGGAGUUGGAGUAUCUGGUGCUGUAGCCAUAGGCAAGGCAAUUAAAUUAAACAGAACACUUCAAGAGCUUGAUAUAAGUUUUUGUCGAAUUCCUGUAGACGGUGAGCCAUACAUCAGUUCUGGGUUAGCAGAAAAUGAUGUUCUUCGAGUCUUAAAGAUUGGGUUUAAUCCACUUGAUGCUAAUGCAGCCAUGAAGUUGUUGGAAGCCUUGGACAAGAAUGAGAGCAGUGACAUGACCUGUAUUGACAUCUCGAAUGUUAUUGUAAAAGAAGAUUUUAUAAAACUUCAAAAGAAACUCCAAGAGACACGUGGCAUCAGAGUGAUAUCGGAGGGUAUGGUAAUAGGACCUCUUAAACAAAGGAAAUCUUUUGAAGAAAUGGUUUUAUUUCGCCAAGAUCCUGUUGGACAAUUAAAAAAAUAUAUUGAAGAAUCUGGCCAAGAUUUCAUGGACAUCUUUGCUCACAGAAACUCAAAGUGUGUUACAAAACAAGAGUUUAGAGAUGUUAUGAAGGAAAGCAAUAUCGACAUCACAGAGGACCAGAUAGAUAUUCUUAUGUCGAAACUCAGUUUGUUUGGAAGACUGGAUAUUGGAUAUCUGACUGAACAGCUAAACAAGGACCAGACAACACUUGAUGACUUCUCAGAUACAUGACCGUUGGAAAACCUGACAACUUUUCACCCGAUGCCGUGACAAAUAUUGCAAUCAAAGCUAUUUUUUGUGCAGAUUACAUAUAAUUAAGUGGCAACAAAAUGAAUAGUGCCAAGUCACUAAAACAAAGCAUGCCGACUCUGGAACUCAUAAAGUAUUUACCACAAGGAUUCGCCAAUACCAGAAGAUAUUUUACUUGCCAAUGAAACCAAAAUGCUAUAUAACUUUAUAUAAAGUGGCAGCAUGAAGUGGGAUCAGCCACAAAUCAAUUUUAAAAUACCUGAUAUCAGUAUAGUUUAAUCCCGUUGGCUCAAACCCUGUCAGUGCUCGAGAAAGUGUUCGACCCAUCGGAUAGUUUGAUCCAACCAUUCAGUCAACAUUGUGUAAGUGUAACUCAGGACUUCAUUUUUGGUUUGAGCGUUGUGGUGUGUUCGAUCCUUUCUGAGUUCAACGCAACGAGAUUCUACUGUAAUUAGAUUUUGGCAAUAAAUUCUCCGAAAAUGUAAAAUAUUUUUUUUUUAAAUACCCAAGAUGUUCUUUGUUAAUGCCUGUUCUCUGUGUGUGUAGUAACAGCUCUCCUAGAUGAUUGUGAAUUCACUACAGUAUAUAUCCUAGUAUAGUUUACUAGUGAUAGCAGUGAAACAAAGUGAGCCUGACAAUAUGAUUGUACUUUUAUUUUAUUUGUUAAAAUCAUAAUUCAUGUUGUACCAAAUGCAUAUUACAUUAAAACAUUUUGUCAGGUACACUCGGUUAGUGAACAUUAAAUUAUAGUGUUGGCAGUUGAGAUUCAAAAGACGCAAAGUCAGACACCAACAUUGUUACUAUUCAUUGUAUUCAGAUGUACGUAGCUUUAUUUUUUGACAAAUAAAUUAUUCAUUUAUACUGUUGUAAGAAUUUUCCUUACUACUUUUCUGAUUGGUAUUGCUGAUCAUUGAUGCUGCUACUGCUGUGUUCCAUCAAGGGUAUAGUUUAGUCUUCUACAAGCAUGGACUUUACAUCACCGAUACCCUCUCCCCCAAACCCCACAAAUCUGUACAUUAUUUCUUUGACAUGGAACUUUUACAUUUUAAUUGGUUUGAAAUCAAAUGGACCCCCUGAUGCUAUAAAGAAAGAAAUGUUUUAUUUAACGACGCACUCAACACGUUUUAUUUACAGUUAUAUGGCGUCAGACAUGUGGUUAAGGACCACA